CGGCGCCUCAAAUUGACCACCUAAUAGGAAAUAGCUUCUAGCCGUCAGAGCUGCCCUUUGGGCACUGUGCAGAAAAGGACUGAAAAAGAAACAUGGCAUGUAAAAAGGCAAAAUAUUUUAAUGAGUCAGCCAAUCAGGUGCCAAGGGGAGUUCGGCAGCCCACCCUGCCCCGCCCACCCUGCUCCUGGCUUGGAGCAGCUGCAGCCUGCAAAUCGCAAGCUGGAGGAUGUAAUUGGGCCGACUCCCGCACUUUCGCACGUGUGAACGGAGGCCUGAACCCGCGUUUCUUAAUAAAGAUGCAGCUCUUUGCGCCCUGGAGGAACAUCUCGGCUGGGAAGAACCUUCUCUGCAGGUUUUACAGGGCAGGCGUGCUCCCCUCCCACGUUGCCGAGCGCCUGGCGCUGUACGAGAAGCUCAAGGCCACUGCUGAUGAACGCUGUGCGGAGCGAACCCACAAAGAGAGCGGGCCCAUCCGGAUUUCUCUGCCGGGCGGCAAAGCAGUGGAGGGAGAGGCUUGGAGAACCACCCCGUAUCAGGUGGCUUUACAGAUCAGCCGGAGUCUGGCCAAAGGGACAGUGGCAGCAAAGGUGAACGGGAGCUUCUACGACCUGGACCGCCCACUGGAGGGUGACGCCAGCUUGGAGUUUGUGGAUUUUGAUUCUCCGGAUGGACAAGCACUCUUCUGGCACUCCAGUGCCCACGUUCUGGGAGGUGCAGCAGAACUGUUCUACGGCGCUUUCCUUUGUCAUGGACCAAGCACAGAGGAGGGAUUCUUCUAUGACAUGUAUCUGGAUGAGAAAAGGACUGUCUCGGGGAAAGAUCUGCCCACUUUGGAAGAGAUCUGCAAGAGGAUCAUUGAGGAGAAACAUCCCUUUGAGAGACUGGAUGUGUCCCGAGAGGAUUUGAUGGAGCUCUUUAAGGAACAUAGGGAGCUGCCAUAUACGGAGUCAGACCCUUGGUCUGUCGAGCUCAGGACUGUCUACACCUGGGGUGCACAAGUCAAAUACUCUGAGCCAGAACCAACCAUAACUUGGUAUGCAGGGGCCAAGCAUAACAAAUUCAAACUGCGGAUAAUCAACCAGAAGGUUAAAUCUCCAACCGCCACUGUGUACAGGUGUGGGACUCUGGUUGACCUUUGCCAGGGGCCCCACCUCAGACACACGGGGGAGAUUGUGGCACUGAAACUACUAAAGAACACCUCCGCCUACUGGCACGGGGAUCCUUCUAGGGAGGCCUUGCAGCGUGUCUACGGUAUUUCCUUUCCCAGCUCCAAGCAGCUCACAGCAUGGGUAAAGGCCCAGGAAGAGGGUGCACGUUCAGACCACCGGCACAUAGGCAAGAGUCAGGAGCUCUUCUUCUUCCAUGAGCUCAGUCCCGGGAGCUGUUUCUUCCUCCCCAAGGGAGCGCACAUCUACACCACCCUCAUGGACUUCAUUAAGAGUGAGUACCUGAAGCGCGGCUUUUCUGAGGUCAUCACCCCCAACAUUUACAACUCAAAACUGUGGGAAGUCUCUGGCCACUGGCAGCACUAUGCUGAGAACAUGUUCUCCUUCCGGGUUGAAAAGGAGACGUUUGCCCUCAAGCCGAUGAACUGUCCCGGGCACUGCCUCAUGUUCAGCCACCGACCGCGCUCCUGGCGGGAGCUGCCACUUCGUCUGGCUGACUUUGGGGUCUUGCAUCGGAACGAGCCCUCAGGGUCCCUUACGGGGCUGACCCGAGUGCGCCGGUUCCAGCAGGACGAUGCCCACAUCUUCUGCGCCAUGGAUCAGCUGGAAGGCGAGAUCAACAGCUGCCUGGACUUCCUCCAAGCAGUCUACUCCGUUUUUGGCUUCACACUCCGAUUCUAUCUCGCCACCCGCCCCGAGAAAUUUCUUGGCGAGCCUCAUCUCUGGGAUCAGGCUGAGCAGCUGCUGGAGAAGAGCCUCCAGGACUUUGGCCAGCCGUGGGAACUGAACCCUGGGGAUGGCGCCUUCUACGGGCCCAAGGUUGAUAUUCAGAUCAAAGAUGCCUUAGGCCGGCACCACCAAUGCGCGACCAUUCAGCUGGACUUCCAGAUGCCCAUCCGCUUCGAUCUCUCUUUCCAAAGCAGAGAUAGCGGAGCGCCAGAAAGGCCGGUUAUGAUCCACCGCGCGGUACUCGGCUCAGUUGAGAGGAUGUUGGCUGUGCUGGCGGAGAACUACAGCGGGAAGUGGCCCUUCUGGCUAUCUCCCUUCCAAAUCAUGGUGAUCCCAGUUGGUCCAGACGCGGGGGACUACGCCCACGAGGUCCAGCAGCUCUUCCACCAGGCAGGAUUCAUGACAGACGUGGAUGCCGACUCGGGGUCAACCCUCAACCGCAAAAUCCGGAAGGCUCAGCUAGCCCAGUACAACUUCCAGUUUGUGGUCGGCCGGCAGGAGAUGUCCAACCGCACCGUCAACGUCCGGAGCCGCGACACCCGGCAGCAUGGCCAGAAGGAUUUGCCCGAGGCGCUCCACAGGCUUCAAGAGCUCCGAGACGCCCGUGUCCGAAACGCCGAAGAGCUCUUCUGAGUGGAAGAGAGGCCAUCUUGGAAUGGCACCCCUUCGGCGGUGAGGGGGGUGUUCCGCCAGCAAACAAAAAGCUGCCCCCAACGUGGAAAAUGGCAGACGGUUUCACAGUGAUGACAGGCCAAGACUUGGGCACGAGGGAGCCACUCUGGGCUAGGAAGCAGCUGUGGCCAUCGGGAGCCUGGGGUCACCCCUCACGGCGGAGUCCUCUUUCCCCUCUUGUGGACCCCUCUGUAGAUCUUGACCCGUCCAGGCCACACACCAGAUUCCCCACAACCUGCCUGAGCUACAUCGGGAUUAUUUAGAGGUGAAUGACAGAGUGGUAUGUGAAUGGACUGGAAAGCUCCUCGUGUGAGGACAAGAUCCUCCUCCUCCCCGUUCUGGGGAGGCCUCUUCAUGGAGUUGGGCUUUGGGCACCAUGCCGAGAUCUCCCCGCCUGUCUGUCUGCCAGCCUGGGUCGCGCGCAGAGGCCAGUAACUAAAAUACUUUUCCUGUGAUAAUUGGA